AUGAAAAUGGUGGUGUAUGACACUUACAGAUUAAAAAAAAAAGAAAAGCCUAGUGAGAUUUUCGGCGUCGACUUUGAUAGCGUUGUGAAGCUGGUAUUGCUAGGCUUAAUAAAAAAGAGAGAAUAUUAUAGUAAUCGGUGUCAACUUUUAAAGUGUCGAGAAAUUUAUAAGGACAUGAAGUCCUCUCUCAACGAUUUAUCGCUGCAAAUAGGCCCUGAGGUAGUCGGGACAGUUAUAGGAUUAGUAUCUCAGUAUAAUUGGUUUGCAUUGUCUGUUUUAGAGAUUGUUAACUUGCCAGGUUCAUUAGCAAGAAUAAACCAGUGUUUGGCUGUGGAGUCUGUUUGUCACUUGUUUAUGGUGUGUAUCGCACUUUAUACAGUUAAAUGA